UUGAGAAACGCUGUUCUAGCGCACCCUCAGCUAGCAAGGUCUUCCUUGUCUCAGUCGUUUUAAAACUGAAGCUGAUGAAGAUUUAUGAGCUAUUAUCUUCCUACACAUGAGAAAUGUUUUGCCUUAAUAAACCAUUCGGUCAUCUAAUCUGACCUCCUACAUAUCACAGGUCCUUAAAUUUUACCCGGUUUCCUCUGUAUUAAAUGCAAUAACUUGUGUUUGGCUAAAGCGUAUUUUCCAGAUAUAAUAUAGAAUAGAGAUUUGAUCACAAGUCUGCAGUUAGUCAAUCUAUGCUGACUGCUAAUUUGGGGAGUCUGUUGCAGUUAUGCAAGAGAGAACAAUUUUCUAUAAUACUUGAGUUCAUUUUUAUUCAUGAAAAUUUUUGUCUUUACUCAGUAUAGACACUGAAGUAUCAUGAACUACAUGAUGAUGUCUGGAUAAUUAGAAAAAGGUUUCUAACUAUCAGAGGAGUGAGGUUCUGGGACAUGCUCCCAAUAGUAGUGGGGGCAAAUAAUUGCAAUAAUGCAGGUGUGCUGGCUAGUGAGGAAAGAUAAAUGCUGUCAGCGAAUCAAACUGCCACACUUAAAAACAGUAGUGAUAGGGCGUGGCCCAGAGACGGAGAUAACAGACAAGAAGUGUUCACGGCAACAGGGGAGAAGAAUGUUAGCAACACGUGUUGGUGCAACUUUAAUACAGAAAUCUGGGAUUUCAGAAAAUAUGUGAACUCAAAAAAAGUGCAGCUAAAAGCGGACUGUAAUAAAGGGCAUGUCAAGAUCAAACAGAUGGGCGUUAACCCAGCCAGUGUUGAUUUGGUGGAUAUUGGCAAGGAUGAAGAAGUGAAGCUGAAACCAGGACAGGUUCUACAUCUUGUGAAUAAGCUUUACCCCUAUACUGUACAAUUCUUGGAAGUCACAGGGGUGUCUGGCGCACAAGCAAAAGGGAAGACAAAAGCAAACAAGAGGCCAUACGUAGAUUCAGGGAAUAGUGACAUGGAAAACAUGUCUGAAAAAAGUAUGAAAAUGGAGCAACGAGACUUGCAAGAUGGUAGUUCAAGCUGCAAGCCAAACAAUACCAGUAGUUCUUCCUCCUCUCCCCAUGACAGCUCUUCCAGCCACAAGGAACAGUUAGGACAUUGGAGUCAAGGUCUGAAGAUCUCCAUGCAAGACCCAAAAAUGCAGGUUUACAAAGAUGAAAGGGUUGUAAUCAUUAAGGAUAAAUAUCCCAAAGCUCGUUACCACUGGCUAAUCUUGCCUUGGGACUCCAUCUCCAGUUUAAAAUCUGUAACAAAAGAGCAUCUUGAAUUACUACAACAUAUGCAUGCUGUUGGGGAAAAGCUGAUCCAACAAUGCCUGGAUAAAGAUAGCUUGGAGUUCAGAUUGGGUUAUCAUGCAAUUCCCAGCAUGAGUCACGUACAUCUCCAUGUAAUCAGCCAGGAUUUUGAUUCUCCUUGCCUUAAAAACAAAAAGCACUGGAAUUCUUUUACUACAGAAUACUUCUUAAACUCUCAAGAUGUGAUAGAGAUGGUAAAGACCAAAGGAAAAGUUCUGGUUAAAGAUGGGACCUCUGCGCUCCUCAAGUUGCCUCUCAGAUGUCACGUGUGCAAGCAACAUCAGUCUACCAUACCACAGUUAAAGGAACAUCUCAAGAAACAUUGGUCAAAAUAACUGUACAAAUCACUGUGUGAAAUCUGAUCAGAUAAGGCUAAAAACUUUUUGUCGAGUUGCACAGAUUUUUGUUUUAGCUGAAUUGCAAAUUUAACACUGGAAAGGUUCCUCACUAGUACAAACAGCAUACGACUGACACUUUUGUAACUUCUUCUUAGAAUUCAAAUAAAGCAGCCUCAAGUUCA